AUGAGCUCUGCUUAUUAUGUCUGUUUCGAUUGGACAAGACGUUGUGUGUCGGUCGAUCUGCAUACCCUUUUCCCCAGGCUUCCCACCCAUGGACCGGGGGAGGGCCCCUCCCCGCACGGCAUUUUAACUCGGCCCAAGCUACUGUUCCAAGCCGGUCACGCAAGCUCACUGUAUUGUUGCAUCUUUUUGAGACUGUGGUGCUAA